CAAUCUUGGAAUGUAAUUAUGGGUGUAUGAAGUAAUGUGGAUUAAAGACGGAAAUAACUUUCACUGAUAGGAAUCAAGGUCCAAUCAAAUCUGUGAUUGCAUGAAUGUGCCUUUUAUCCCUAUUCAUCUAAUUUGAGACCAUCGAUAACGGACAAACGUGUUUCCUUUGGCAAGCUGAAAAGUUCCCCGCUAGAUUAGAACUAAAGCGUUUUGGCGCUGGAUUUAUGUGUGUGGUUCAUGUCAUCAAAAUAUCCCACUGGAAGAAAAGAUGGGCGAAUCGGAUUGUGGUUUAGGCGCAUAAUAAAUGGUUCCCAUACACAGACUGAAAAAUGUGAACUUAUCCCGUUUUCUGAAAAAGAAAUUGAAUGUCCAGUUUGUUUAGCGCCUGCUGAGGACCCAUUACAGCUAAGUUCAUGUGGUCACUGUGCUUGUGCAGCAUGUUGGAGGAAUUUCAUCUCUAGCCAGAUCGAAAGUUUUGCACUUGCACAUCUCACAUGCGUAGCAUGUUCCGAACUGUUACAGCCAUCAACAAUUAUCCAUCUUCUAUCCGCUGUUUCUAAUCGCCAUGAGUCUUCAGAGGGUAGCUUAAAAGAAAAUCAAUAUGCUCGCAGUUUAUCUCGGUAUGAAGAGUUUUUACUCCGAAGGGCACUGUCACGUGAACCGGAUGCAAGAUGGUGCCCUAGAGGUUGUGGAUAUGGAUUGAUUGCAUCCUCCUUUCAGGCCUGUCCACGAAUUGUCUGUCCCCACCCUUUGUGUGAAGGCCGUUCAUUUUGUUACAAAUGUCGAAGACCUUGGACUUCUGGUGAUACAAGUGAAAGUUCUUCAGAUCAAAAUAAUGUUACCCAUGUCUGUCCAUCUGAGCAGGAUUUACGUAGUAAUGCUCUAGAUAAUCUGCGCGCCUUUUUUGGUAUUCGACACCUUAAUAGUCAAAUGCCUGGUCUAAAUACCAUUCCUAAUGGUUCUCAGCAGAAGAUUUCUGAAGGUGUUUUGCAAAUGAGUGUAAGUCCUUCAGCCACUACAAAGGAGAAGCGUUAUCGUGUAUCCAAAACACUUCGCAGUUCUACUGAUUACACGAAAGGUGCUCGAUUAUCUAUGGAGGAAUUAGUUGGAGAAACUGAUUCUGGAAAUGUUGGUACCAAUACUCCCAAUCUAGAAGAAAAGCAUUCAUCCUCUGAUUCUGAUAUGACUAAAUCCUUUGAAUCGUCUAAAACUGAUAGACGCGCUUCCGUGGAAUUCAAUGAACCAGGCUCUGCAGUUAAGCCUUGUCCUAAUUGCAAAACUCUUAUACAAAAAUUAAACGAUGGAAGUUGUAAUUCUAUGGUUUGCUCAAUUUGUAAUUAUGAGUUUUGUUGGUUAUGCUUACGUGAAACAACAGCUACACAUUAUCUGAAUUUUUCCGGUUGUACUGUAUUGGGUCGUAGUCAGUGGUCUAAACUUCGUCGUGUUGUGACUGUUUGUGGUAUUAUGCUAAGUACACCUAUUCUACUUCCACUCGCAAUUAUCUUAGCACUGCCUGCUAUAUCCGUUUGGUUCACCUUCUCCAUGGCCAGACAGGCUAAUCGAGUGUUACUAUCGAAAUCCAAACAUUUACGACGAUUUGUCGUAUUCUGGGUUGUCGUCGCUGGUCUUAUUUUGUAUCCAGUAUUAACAGCAUUUACCUUCAGUCUGCUUAUUCCAAUCCUUUUGGGUUACGUGUACUUGUAUCUCCCAAUAAGUCUAUUGUGCUCACUUCUGCGACAUGAAAAUGGAGUCCAGUUAGAACCCACAGAAUUAGAGAGGCUCCAGUCAGUGAGUCCCAUUCUUGUGAAGGAGUUCGGGACGAAGAAUACAGAUAUUAAAUUGACGGAUGAAAAUCAUAAUGAAUCAGAAACUGUUGUGGUAGUAAACGAAACAGUAUCCAUGGAUUGAGAUCAAACUCUCAAGCUUUGUAACAACACUUGUUUAUCAUCUUGAAGUCUUUCAUUUCUUAUCCACUGACAAUGUGAUUCUCUUCUGCCCUUAUUGACAAAUAUUUGCAUUGAGUAAACAUACAAACUAAUAUCCUUUUAAAUUUCUUGGUAACUUUAGAGAUAAAGCUGUGAUUUUCAAUUCCAGAUAUGCUGAAUCAUAUUUAGCGUUAUUCUUAUUUUCAAUUUGCUUUGUUUGUACACUCUUAUAAAUUGUUAUUUUCUGGUAAAAAGAACAAAUAUCUUGUUUAGAGUGUAUCUUACUUUAUGUUUACUUGUAUCCAUUAUAAUAUAGAAAGCUAACGUACUGCUUGAACACUUUAACAAAGAAGAGUAGUUAUUAAGUACAACAGUCAGUUAAUUAAAGGCUCUUCUUCACCUCAAAGUGAUCAGAAAUUAAACUGCUUACAGUAUUAUGAAUCAUCUGCGAGAUUCAAUUAUUAAUAAUCACCUGUACCC